AUGCACCGCCAAUCGCCUGCAGCCAUGCGCUCGUCAGCUAACCUAGAGCGCAUGGAUGUCUUACUGAAAGCCACCGGAAUUUCUGCUCACGUAACCGUGCCCUCUUGUCCACCUAUCAAGCUCGAUGUGGAAGCGUGUUAUAACCAGCUCAGCCAAUCUGACGACCAACGACCAGAGGAUGUUGUUAUGCGCCAAGCGCUGGAACUUUAUUGUAGUCUGCUGUCGCCAGCCACUACACCUACCCAAACUUUCAAGUCAGGCUAUCAAUCAGAGCAGGAUCGCCUACCAUUUACACCUUCAGGAGUUUUAAAUUGCGAAGACGAGUACCGCCCGUUAUCGAUAGUCUUUGAUGAACCACAAGCGUGUGACCUAUACGACGCAGCGGACCUGAACAGACCGUUUGGCUUUGCUUCUGGCCAAAAUUAUUUGACUCAGCAUAAUUACUUGCCCCAUCCAACACAUCUGACUCAGUGCAGCUGGUCUACACCUCCCACUGUUUCUGAACAUGAAAAUAGUGACGCCGACGACAUGGAUGACCCGUUUGCCUGCUAUCCUUUGUUUCACUCUCUCAGGCUUACUCCACACUCAAGCUACACUGCCCAUGAAGUAAAUCCAACUCCAUUCCGCAGGCAAUCUAGCGAACAGUUUCUAGAAAAGGACACUCAUUCAUACUUAUCUCAAGAGCAAAUACAAACCUCCGCACAGAGUUCAAUCAGCUCAGUGGGAAAGUCCUUUGAGAUAGCUAGAGAGUCGGCGGCUGACGUGCGCGCCCAGGGAAGUAUCGCCCAAUCACUUGCACGCCGCAGCUUAUACAGUGCGGCAGUUGAGCCGAGCGUCCCAGAACCGAAGAGCACCGGUCGCAAACAAACCUUUUCAAUGAUUUCGUUUGCCAAACAGCGCAAAGUUACACCAACCAACCAUGGACUUCGCAUCUCCGGCCCGAUGCCAAUCGACACUUCGCAUUCAGCCUCAUCCUCUGGUACUUUUUCCGUCCCCGCACGCCCUCCCCGUCCACCAGGAGCACGAUUGCUGUCUGCGGGAUCACUAUCUCCACCAUUGGAAGCAAACGAGGACAUUACCCCCGUGAAACACUUCCCUUCCAAGCUACGUGUUCCCUCGAGAUCGAGUACUUUGCCCCAGGAGGAAGCAUUUAACCCAAUGAGCCUACCCCGCAAAUACCCUUCUCGCCCCGAGAUGAAGUCCUUAUGGACAACCAUCAAGACCUCAACAUCUCGUUCAAGUUUGAGCGUCGAUCGAUCCAUGAUACGGCAUUUGAAUGUAGAUCUCUAG